UGGUGGUAGUAAUGUUGGAGGGUGGGGUGACGUUUUACCAAAAUGUUUUGUUAAAUAACCAACACCAGGGCUUGGGAGUUUAAGUAUUUUGAGGCCACUGUGUUUCAUUGGCUUAUCAAAGUAUGCAGGUGUAUCAUUUUAGCCCUUUGGUGAAUGAAGGGUAUGGGAGUGGGAUUGCUAGUAUUAUUGGGAUAUCUUUGAUUACUAAAGUCCUUUUGAGGUACUGAACCCUUGUGACCAUUGUUGUGGUUCCCUUAUUAGGAGCCCUUUGCACCGGAAAUGGUGAGAUGCUCUACCAGGUUCAGUUCUAUGCAAUGAGAGCAAUUGCUAAUAUCCUAGUUCUAGGACAAACCUACUUUUUGCCACCUGUAGAAAGUUUGAAUAGGGUUGACCUCAGGAAUCCUCAUCUCUCAUUGUUUAGGACUGGAACCCCUGUUCUCUUCUACUGUGGUCCCAGAAAACACAUCUCAUAGCAGGGAAUUAUGAGGAAUAUAUUUUCUUUAUCUUAUACUUUUAUUUUUUGGGAAGAAAUGGGGUGGGAAGGAUGGGUUAAAAGAGAUGUGACUUUAGAUCAGAGAACAGGGGUUUAAAUAAAAGUACAUUGGCAGCUGUCUUUCAUAUUUUAUUACUUUUGGAUCACUGCGUGUAGCCACGGCUCUUCUCUUCAGCACAGAAGUAUCUUGUCAUUUGGGGAGUGUUGUGUGCUAUUUUGAUGGGCUGUGGCCCCAUUGGACAGUGGAGGGUUUUGUAUCUUGAAGAAUGAGACAAGGAGCAUCUUGCCAUACAUUUGGUCUUUUCUGAUUGGUUUAUAAAGGAAAUUGUCUCAUUCAUCAGGGUUAUUGUUUUAGGGAGAGGGAGGUUUUUUUUGUUUUGUUUUUUGCUGCCCUGAUGCAUAAUUCCUGGCCCUGAUACUUGAAACAAACUAGUGUUAAUAUUGGCUGGUAACAUCACUUGCUAAUGAUACUGGAUUGUUCCUCCAGGAAUAAUGCAUCAGUUCAACUUAACUGGGAGGGGGCCCCUUUGGGCAUUAAUUGGGAUAAAAAUAUACUUGGUUCUGGGUUAGAAAAUCUUAUGUCAUAAAACUGUGCCCUUAAAUUUGGACUUUGUUUCCCCACUUUAAAAAAAGCUGAAGAAAAGAUUUUCAGUUCAAAAGACCUUGUUAAGAAAACCAAAUUUAAGUGAAAUACUGCUAAGAAUAGUUUAUUCUUUGGAAAUCUGGCAUAUUUAAUUGGCCUUUCCUCAGUGAAGCUUGUUUUUAAGUGGGGUUUGUGUUGCAAAAAUGUCAUGGUUGUUAUCAGAAAUGAAGGAACGUUUUUGUUUGAAAAAUAAAGCUCACUGAAAUCCCUUUUGCUUCUGUUGGAAUUCUAAUCUCUGCAAAACACAACCAGUCCACUGCUCACUAGAUGGCAGUGUGUUGCCAUUGACCAAUGCAGUGAGCAGGCUUUUCAUACAUUUGUAAGUUAGUUCUCCAAAUAUGGCUGGGCGAAUUAUCAUUGCACCAUAUUUGUUUAUAAUUUGCACUUUGAUCUGAACUGAAUGGAGUGACAACUGCUAUAAAUAUUACCACAGAGGAAAUUAGUUUCACUCUGCCACAGACGCAGCCGACCAUGGCCUUCCCAGGAGUGUGGAGCUUCUUUGUUGUGAUACUUGUUCACUGUGUAAAAAGUGGUCAUCCACCACCUUGUGACAGUGAAAUAUACUGCACAGGGGAUGUACUGCGGCACGUACAAAUGGCAAAACUGUUUGACGAUGACAAGUACUUUGUGGAUAUGAAGAUGAGAGUAUCUCCUGACAUAGUCCUGUUGGCUUUUCACAAUCUUACCCAAAAGGCUCCGAAUAUGACUGUAGUGCCCACAAAACUACGAGAGUUCCUUAAAAUGUAUUUUGAAGAACCAGGAAAAGAGUUUGAGCCAUGGAAUCCACCAGACUGGCAUGGGAAGCCACAGUUUCUGGACAAAGUAGCAGACAAGAAACUGCAUGACUGGGCAAAAAAGUUGCAUCAGCUGUGGAAGUCUCUUGGACGAAAGAUCCGCCCUGAUGUAAGGGAUCACCCCGAGCUGUACUCCCAGAUCUACACUCCCCACCCUGUCAUUGUGCCAGGAGGGCGCUUCAGGGAGCUCUACUACUGGGAUUCCUACUGGGUAAUCAAUGGCCUACUCCUGUCUGAGAUGAUAGACACAGCCCGGGGUAUGAUCCAAAACUUCGCUUAUCUCGUCAACAGAUAUGGUUUUAUUCCAAAUGGUGGGAGGAUUUAUUAUGAGCGCCGCAGCCAGCCUCCUUUCUUUUGUCUCAUGGUCGAGAGUUACUAUCAAGCCACGAAGGAUGACAGUUUCCUCAGAACAGUCAUGCCAGCUCUGGAUCAGGAGUAUCGCUUCUGGAUGCAGAAUCGUUCUGUCACAGUUGAAACCAAUGGGAAAAAGCAUGUUCUUAACCGGUUUAAUGUGCUGGUAGGCCUACCAAGACCCGAGUCCUACUCAGAUGAUAUUGAGCUGGCUGCAGGUCUUACAGAAGAUGCUGAGGAGAGGCUGUUCGCAGAACUGAACACAGGUGCCGAGUCUGGCUGGGAUUUCUCUCACCGCUGGUACAUAGACAGCCACGGAAAUAACAACGGCUCCCUCAGAGACAUCCAGACGAGCCAGAUCCUCCCCACGGACCUCAACGCUCUGCUCUGUCGCAAUGAGAGGACACUAGCCUCCUUCCACCAGAUACUGGGGGAUUCUUCUGCAGCUGCCCAGUAUAACCUCGCUGCAGAAAGAAGGGUGGAGGCUGUUGAAGCAGUGCUUUGGGAUGAAGAGAAGGGAGCAUGGUUUGACUAUAAUUUGAAGACAAACUCGACUCACACAGGCUUUUAUGCUUCCAACCUGGCUCCUAUUUGGGCGCAGUGCUACAAACAGCCUGCUAUGGGAGACAAGGCUUUGCAGUACCUGAAGGAGAGUGGUGCUUCUCUCUUUGCCAAUGGAGUCCCCACAUCACUGCAGGAUAGUGGGCAGCAGUGGGACUACCCCAACGCCUGGCCCCCACUGCAGCAUAUGCUUAUUGAGGGUUUGUCAAAAUUACCUUCUGUAGAAGCCAAAGAAAUGGCUUUUGAGCUGGCCCAGAAGUGGAUCAAAACCAAUUGGGUAGCUUACGACAAGUAUGAGGCCAUGUUUGAGAAGUAUGACGUCAAUGGGGAUGGCAAGCCUGGUGGGGGUGGGGAAUAUGAGGUCCAGCUUGGAUUUGGCUGGACCAAUGGGGCGGCUCUGCAGCUGCUGGAUCAGUACGGGGAUCGUCUCACUACAGGAAGUGGUGUCAUGGCUUUGUCUUCCAACUUCACAAGGCUGUUGUCUCUGCUCGUCUCUGCCUGGCUCAUAGUACACUGAACCACAACUGUCUGGGAGGAGAGAAGGUUGAUUGGAGGUGGGUGACACAGUGCAAGAAUAUCUCACGCAUUGCACCUCAUUCUGCACUGUGCCUCAUCUGGCACCUUUAAUGCUGGGAUGUAAUCUGGCCUGGAGCCCUCAAUCAGAAACCUAGUCCCUUUCGAGGGCAGAUUAAGUCUGAGAGACUUAGAAAAGAUUUAAACUUUUUACUUUCAGCCACGGAUUCGAUAUUGUGCCUUAUUUCAUUAUUUUUUUUAUCAGAAUGUGAUUUAAGAUGAAUUUCCUUCCAGGAUUCCUUUUGAUGAAUGUUUUAGUAUACUUCACAGCAUCUGCACUGGGGUUAAUGAUUUCUGAACUGUACAGUGAAGAGAUGAAGAUCACUGAAGCGAUGUUUUUCCCUUCCUAACGAAGUGUCUCUGCUGCAUGCUCCUCACUUCACAGGAUUAUCCUGCCUGCUGAUAUUGAACUGACAUUACAAACAGUAAUUCACUUAAUCCAAUUACCCAGUUUAUUGCCCUACUGCAGCAUAGAUCCUAGUGUGUCUUGGCAUUUCAAUACAAACUGCGAGUAAGAUGUUGAACUGUUCAUUUGAGACCAUGUGCUGAUUGGUUGAAACGCACUGAUAUAAUUUUUUAAAAAUUGAAAUAAACCAAUUACCUGAAUAGAAUG